UAUCAUUUGUUUGAGCCACAAGAGCCAAGGGUGGUUAGGUUUAUAUAAAAUGGAUACUCAAACUGCAAAAGACAAGGGGCCGAUUUGGGAUGUCGAUGAGUUUGUUGAUACUCAAUCCAGCUCAAAAACUCACCCAUUUUUUCUUAAUGGUUUGGAAGCUGAAUCUGUUCUAUAUCAGGGUUUGUCUGCUAGACAAGUGGCCAUAUUCGAAGGUUUUAUUCGCUCAGUGGUGCACGAGGUGGUGGAGCUCCAAGUUAAUUAUUACAUUCGCUCCAUUCUAUCAAGAAACAGCCAGCUUAGCAAUCAUAUUGGAAAAGAAGCAACAAUAAAUGGGUUUGGAGCUUCAAAGUUCAAGCUAUUGUUCUUGAAUCAAACAGCCCCAACAAUUUUCACCAACAAUGAAAUAGAAGCAAGAAAUGGCAAGCCACUUCUAGUUGCAAUUUGUGAUACCACCAACUCCAAUGGCAUCAUCAAGACAGGUCCUUUAUCGUCGGCGUUGGUCGAGUUGGUCGUACUCAAUUUAGAAUUCGGCUCCGACCAACGAGUAGACGAAAGUUCGUGGACUUCGAGAGAUUUUAACAACAAUGUUGUUUCUAAAAGAGAGGGGAAAAGACCUUUGAUCGUGGGGAAUGAUAUGAUAAUUUGCUUGAAAAAUGGGGUUGGAUUCAUCAAAGGUUUGAGCUUUAGUGACAAUUCGAGCUGGACUAAGUCUAAGAAGUUUAGAUUGGGAGCAAAAGUUGUUGAUAAGAACAUCUUGGCUAAGUUUCCAAGAAUUGUGGAAGCUGUUUCAAAACCCUUUAGAGUGAUGGAUCAUCGUGGGAAAGUUUACAAGAAGCACCACCCGCCGAGGAGGGAGGAUGAAAUAUGGCGAUUGGAAGGCAUUGGCAAGGAUGGCAUAUACCACAAUCGUUUAUUCUCCAAAGGCAUAAAAAAUGUCGAUGAUUUUUUGAAGGCUUAUCACAAAAAGGGUCCAACUUACUUUAGAAAGCUUCUGGGUGGGAGAGUCCCACAAAAUACAUGGAAAAGGAUGGUUAAUAACGCUUUAGAAUGUGAUGCCUUUAUAGCCUCCAUGGCCUCGAAUCCGAGCUUUAGGGUUCGUUCGAUGGGAAAUGAAACCAUGGGAGGUGAAGCUUUCGACAUGAACUCGGAGGUUAGUGAGCCGAAGAAUUAUAGUGAAAGCGAUGGACUACAAUUUGAUGGCCAGCUUCAAGACUUGGUAUCUUACCCUCCAACCUUUGAGGAACGUUUGUCGGGAAAUUAUGAAGGAAUUAUCGGAGGCCAUGACUUUGAAGGGACGGGAGAACAAGACUACCAUUUCAUUUUUGAUAAUGAUUAUCUGCCAUUGUUGCCACAUGGAGAGGCUUCAAACUCAGAUAGCCAUAACAAUGAUAAUGUAAUGACUCACGAACAAUAUAAUCAAGGUCGAUGUUGGACUGGGUUGGUGCCUUAAACGCAUGUAAGGGGAGUAGAUAUUCGGUUUAGAGUUGCAAUAUUACUCUUGAUCUUGUUUCAAGACUACUAUUCGAAUAUAAAUCGAUUAGAAUUUUGGAUGAAAAUUGAGAAGCUAGAAUGAGUGUGGAGGUGACCUAAAACUCGUGGGAUAGUAUUCACGUCACGAUUUCUGUCUUGAGUCACCGUUCACAUCAUUUGAGGUCUUAGUAUGUCCAACGUUCUUAUAAUAGAUUUAUAUUCUAAGAGUAGUUUUAAAACGCGGAUGAAAAGUUAGAUAACAUAGCAAUUAGUGCAAGUAUAUUUUGUAAUA